AUGUUGUUUUUUAUGAGUUAUGUUUGCAAAAGAAGCAGCUUAACCAUAACAAAAUGACAGUGAUUAUUUAAUUGUAUAUUUUGAUUUUGUUUAUGAUAAUUGUUUAAAUAUCAUCUCCACUUAACAUCUUUACAAUCAUUCCUUUAGAUUUGUGUAUUUUUAAAUAGUCAACAUGUCUCAAAAACCUGAACCCGACACAGGCCAAGUUGAUUAUGCUGCUAAGAUCAAAGACUUGGAAGAAAAAUUGUUGACCUUUAGAAUCAAAAGAGCCGAAGAUUCUAAGAAGCUGCAAGAGAUGGAACGGAUUAAAAUUCAAAACCAGCAACUUCUCGAGUUUAAAAAACAAAUCCUUGAGUCAAGGGCAGAAUUGUCCAAACAAUUAACCCAAGCUAAAAAAGAAGCUGAAGAGGCCGUUGCUGAAAAGAUUCGCCAUGCUGAAGAAAUGAAAGAUUUGGCAGAAACUGCUGAAAUUGCAACUCUGGAUAAGGAAAUGGCCGAAGAAAAAUAUGAACAGCUUUUAAAAGAGCAUGAGACACUCAAAGAAAAAUAUGAAGAUAUUUCCAUAGAUUUCGAGUUACUGAAAAGUGAAAUUGAUAUGCAAGGAGAGGGAGUUUCUAAUGCCUACGAGGUUAAGCAACUUCAGCUCCAAAAUGCAAGGUACAACGAAGCAAUCAUAAAGUUACGAGAUCUAUUAUCUGCGGAUAAAGUCGAGAUUCAAGGAUUACAGAAAGAUUUGAAAGAUUCUCAAAACCAAUUAAGUGAAUUACAAAGGCUCAAAGAGAAACAUGAAAAAGAUAUUGCUAGUUUGGAAGCCAACGUUAGUGAGUUGAAGGAACAAAUUGAUGAUGCUCUUGGUUCACAAGAAAUGGUUGAAAUUUUGACUGAGAAAAAUCUCGAAUUAGAGGAUAAAGUGAAAACCUUGCAAGAAGAGAUUGACGAUCUCGAGAAAAUCCACGAAAUCAAUGAACAGUUACAAGAAGGUGCUCGUGACACAGAAUUAGAGCUUCGGGAGGAAUUGGACUUGAACAGGAGUAAAAUUGCUGCUCUACUCAAAAAGAUAGAGGAUAAUCAGGAAGCUUUGGCAAAUUAUGAAAGUACUAUACAAAAAUUCAGAGAAUUGGUUAAACAGUUGAGAGAUGAGAAUGCUGAUCUUCGUAAACAAGGAAAUCUUGCCCAAACACAAAGUCAAGAACAACAAGUGGAAAAUAUUGAAUUUAAAAUGCGUUUUGCUGAAUCAAAAGCCGUCGCUCAUGCUGUUGAAAUGGAUUUGCGUAGAUUGGAAAUCACACAAUUUAAAAUUCAAAUCAAACUUUUGUCAAAAUUUUUACCUCAGAGUUUCUUUAUGCCUGGAGGAGAUCAUGAUGCUAUUCAAGUGCUUUUAUUUGUUGUUCGUGUAUCAGAAAAGUGUGAUAUUAUCUCUCGUCAAAUGCUCGAAAAAUUCCCUAUUAUGGAAGAUGAAAAAUUAUCAGCUUCUGUUGGUUCUGAUGAUAUUAUAAAGAAAACAAAUGAAAUUCAACGACAACAAAGUUUCACUCUUCGUCUGCUUUUCCUUCUGUCAUCAAUCCAAACCAUCUUAAGUCAAUAUACUGAUUCUCUCAAAUCUUGUUCCAUAGAACUUUACCUCAAAAUAGCUUCGCUUUAUCCUGAACUCAAGACCCAUGAAAAAGUAAUUGAUGGUUGUAUUGAACUCUUAAAGAAGGAUCGCCUUGAUGAAACUGUGUCUCUCGACAAUGUAGAGAAAGCAUUAAAUUACUUUGUUUCUCUGUAUAACCUCCAUUUAGCCGAUAACAAAGUCAACAAUUGCCGGGAUCUUCUCUCUAAUUUUGUAUUAAUCAUGAAAUCAGGUGUUGAUGUGUCACUCGUAGAUGUUGCUAUGAUAGACAAAUGUUUAUCUCCUAAUGCCGAAGGAAGGGAACGAAUUGAUAUGCUUAAGACAUAUCUAGGAGAUAUUCAAGAGUUCUCUAAGAAGAUUAAACGUCGAUUGAUUGCUGAUAACAACACUAUCAAUUUGAGUCCUAUACUGGAAAACGAAGUUCGUGAUUGUAUUAUACAAAUGUUCAAAGCUGUUGGUGCCCUUUAUACAAUUCGUAAAACAAUAGUCGAAGCAACCACCGUAGCAUCAACUGAAGCUGAUGAAAUUAUUUUAUUCCAAGGUUUCCAAGAAAUUGAUGCAAUGAUUACUCAAACUGGUGGUUUUAAAUUUUUAGAAGUUUCCUUAAACGGAAUAAUGAGUGUUUGUAGUCAAUUAUCCACUGGAUUACAGCAAGGAGAUUUCGAAGGAGAAGUAAAACGUUCAGAGAAUGUAGAUGAAGAUCGCCUAGACCCACUCGAAGCUCGUGCUCAGUACGUAACUGAUCAAAGUGGGAAACUCAGUGAAUAUAAAAUCAAAUUGGAAAGUAAAGAAAAUGAAAUCAAUGAAUUGAAGAAAGCUUUGAAACUCAAAAUAUCUGAAACCAGCGAGAUGCAGAUACGAAAAGAUUUAGCAGAGAAAAAAUUAUUAUCAGCAACUAAGAGUUCCAAUGAAAAAGUUGGUAAACUGCAAGCUGAACUAGAUGAACAUCGUGAUAUGACGAGGAGAAGAGAACGUGAAUAUGAAGAAACGUUAAAUCAUUAUCAAGCAGAUAUCGAAGCUCUUGAAUCGGAACGAAAUGAACUCAAAGAAAAGGUUAAAAUUCUUUCAAAGCGUACAAUUUUCGAAGGUUUAACGAAAUCAGUUACAUCACUAAAUACUGCACCACGCCAUGACACUUCACCUUCAUCAUCUUUGUCGCCGUUAGAAUCCAGUUAUAUGCAAUCAAUAUCAGCAUUAAGGAAUGCGUUAAAGAUUGUUAAAGAUGAAAACAUCAGGCUUAAAUGUCGAUUGGAAGAGAAAAAAUUGCGGAUUGAUAAUGUCAAAUUCAAUUCGGCUCUUUCUCGAACCAAACCCCUGUGGUAUCUUAAAGUAACGGGCAAAUUAAUUGGUAACAUUGACGAUGGCUCCGGAGGAGAUAAAAUGAAAAAAUUGUAUAUUAAAGAACGUAAUUUACUAAACAAAAUUGAAAAUUUUAGACAUGAAGCUAGAAUGAAACUAAUCAACCAAAAACUAUUUGAUCCAUCAAAGUCUUUAAGGGACCAAAUUGUUGAAGAACAAAUUGAAAAGAGAAAAUUGCAAACCGACUAUGACAAGCUAUCUGGUGAAAUAAUUGGAUUUGUGACUGAAAAAAAAUCAGCAUUACUUUAUUUUGUUUAUAUUUUAUGUUUUCUUGAAAUGUCUAAAGUACAUUUGAUCCAAAAUGAUAUUCGCAAUGAAGAAAUGGUUCAACAGGUUGUCGAAACCAUUGAAAGGUUGCAACUUAUUGUGGACAAUAUGUUUAACUCUGUUGAUGACCGACUUGUCAACUUUAAAGGACGGAUAAAUGGUAUUCAGGAACGCUCCAAUGAAGCUCAAAGAAAAAUUGAUAAAAUUAGAGAGUCUAAAUCGAAAGUAACUAAAGUCUUUGCUCGUCAUCGUUAUCCUGCAAAAAAUGUUUACCAGGAUUACAAGCCUCUUGGUCAGCUUCUUUGGUCCAUAAAUAACCAGGAUCCGAUUGCUAAACCUUACUCUAAAGAACCUAUCAAAGCAGUUCAUGUUCCAUUUGAUGAUGAAUCCUUGAAAGAUAAAAUUAAAUUUUUCAUCACUGCUAGAGAAAAACGACCUGCUGGUAGUGGUUCGCUUGAUUUAAAGGAAGAUGCGGAUUCAGUGCCAUGGGAAAGAAUAUCAAAUGUAGGAACUCUGGUCAUGUUUAAUUCAUCUGAAAAUCCAUUCAUUCGAUCUCGUCAAGCAUCUUCGCUAGUUGAUGUUAAAAUGAAAAAUCGAAAAGGAGUUCAAUCAUUAAUGGAUCACACUGACGGUAUCAUUCCUUUAACCCCCUCAACAAUUCUAAAUUCUGAACAAGUUGAAACUCAAGAGAAAAUUCUGCAGUAUAAUCCAAAUUCACAAGCGGCUCCAAAAAUUUUAGAUUCAUUGCCAUCAGCUUUGCCUCAUUUACCUGGAAUAGCUGAUGAUCUAUUAUUUUCAAGUGAGGAGAUUUAUGAUCCAUUGGAAAAUCCAUCCAAUAACCUUCCUGUGGGAACAGUUAAUCAUGAUUUCCAGAUUCAACGUCAAGCUGCUCCGCCAUCGGUGCCAUCAUCGGUGCCAUCGGUGCCAUCGAUGCCAUCAACCUCGUUACCACCAUUGGGAUCCCCUCCACCGCCGCCACCACCUCCUCCUCCUCCUCCACCUCCACCAUCCCUGCCGUCACUAACAACAACGACACCAACAGUACAAGUACCGUUACAAUCAACGGUUACUACAAUGAUUCCAGGAGUACCUCCACCACCGCCUCCUCCACCUCCACCACCUCCACCGCAGCUACCACCCGCUCUUCCUCCUCAAACCUCUUCUACAGAACAAGCAUCAAAUGCUGUAGAAAUCGCUCAACCAGCCCCAAAAGUACCUGUUGUAUCCGAUGCCAGAGAAGGAUUGUUGGCUUCAAUUCGUCAAGCUGGUGGUAGACCAACAAAAAAAGCCAAUAAUCUGAGGCAGCGUAAGAUUGAGGAAAAGAAGGAGGCUCGUGCUGUAGUAAGCAAUGAUUUUAUGUCUGCCUUACAACAAAAACUUAACGAUAGAAGAAAAGGAAUCAGCGGAAAACGAAGUGAGACAGAUGAACCGAAGGCCGGAUCAUCUUUAGGUCGAGUAGUAGCAGCUCUGACUCAAAGGCGAGAUAGUAUAUCAUCAUCAGCUUCAUCAAUCAAUGAUGAUGCCGACUGGGACGAUGGUUAAUUAUGCUAACUAGCUUUGUAAAUUUUCUUGUUAUGCGUGUAUUUUUGUAGUAAAAAAGUAAUUUAUACGUUAUUUAAUACAAAACAAAAGCUCUUUUCUUUGUUAUCAAAAGGCUAAAUUAGUCUAUAUUAAUAAAUUCAUCCAAAAAAAUCA